AAUUCACUUUCUAGGCCCAAUAAGUCAAGUUCAUCUUUUUGACCCCGUCUGCAAUUGGCCCAAUUGCUCUUAUUACCCGAAUCAAAAAGAGGCGUGUCUGAAGCCGACCCUGCCUCGGGUACGUUCGUGAACUCAGCCUUUUUACAACCUCACUCAUUCAGUAGGUUAGAACUAAGUGAAUGUGUUGCACCGCGAACUGCGUGGCACAGACAGCGUGUUAUGUUACAAAAUCUGACGCAAAAUGGGCAAAAUCAUCGGCGGAAUUGAAGGGGGUGCAACACAUUCCAACAUCAUCCUCCUGGACUCGUCCGGGACGGUGCUGGCGAGCGCUCCGGGCCCCGGAACCAACCACCACCUCACCGGCCUGCCGGAGUGCCAGAGGCGCAUCGCCGACAUGGUCAAUGCGGCCAAACUCAAGGCCAAAAUGGGCUUCCACCAGCCGCUGGACGCCCUGCUUCCUACAAAACAUUUACGUACUCGAGUCUGAACAACACACUCAACCAUUAUGUAACACAAUUCAGGGUCUGAGUCUGAGCGGCUGCGAGCAGGAGGACACCAACCAGGAGGUGGUGAAGGGCCUCCAGGAGUCGUACCCCAACUUGAGCAAAAGCUACGCCGUGGGCAGCGACACCGAGGGCUCCGUGGCCACCACCUCCAACUGCGGGGGCAUCACCUGCAUCGCCGGCACCGGCUCCAACACCCUCCUCAUCAACCCCGACGGCACGCGCGUGCAGUGCGGCGGCUGGGGCAACCUCCUCGGCGACGAGGGCAGCGCCUGGAAAAUCGCACACCGAUCGAUCAAAUACUGUUUCGAUGACCUGGACAACUUCAUCGAACCCCCGUUUCCCACCGAGGCCGUCUGGGGGGCGGUCAAGGAGCAUUUCAAAAUCCAAACGCAGCCCGAAAUUUUGGACUACUUUUAUGCGAACUUCGACAAGGCUUUUAUCGCUUCCCUGUGCAAGAGAAUCGCAGAGUUGGCCAAUAAAGGCGAUAAGUUGGCGCAGUUUGUGUUUGAGGAAGCGGGGAUGCACCUAGCUAGGUCUAUAGCGGCCGUGCUGUCGAAGGCGGCGCCGGAAUUGCUCGAGAGGGAGGGGGGGGUGCAUAUUUUGUGCGUCGGUUCGGUUUGGUUAAGUUGGGAUUUGCUGAAACCGGGCUUUGUGACCUGGUUAAGGAAACACACUGAUGUUAGAACGAUGUCCCUAAUGAGACUGACCAAAAGUAUGGCUUUUGGCGCCUGCUACCUGGCCGCCGAUAAGGCCGGCUUGGAAAUCAAAAGGGACUAUGGCCAAAAUUAUAACGUUUUUUACAAAUAUGAGAGAAAAUCCGCCUUUUCGGACUAGUCACUUGUUGUAAUAAUGAAGAAUAAAGUCAAUUUUAAAGCGAACUCGAUGGGUUAUAACCGCCAAAAACGCGGGAAAUUUAAAUUUGGGCGAAAAUAUAUCGUCACGAGUGCCUUUAAAGCUUGAAAACCUAAGAGAGUUCAGUUUGUGUAAUUAUCUAAAUGUGUAUAAAGACGUGUAUAUUUUUAUUGUUUUGUUGCCGACAUGUUUAUUUUAUUCUUGCUUAGUUCCUCCAUGUACAUAUAGUUUAUACUCAAAUAAAGAAGUCAAUGUUCGUA